UUGACCUCAAGCAGCAAAUGAACGCGCAGCAGUUUGAGCUGCCUGCUGGCCGGUUUGAUGCGCCGAAAGAUCCAGCCCCAGCAGCGUCCGGAGCGUCAGGAGCAUCAGACCGUGGCCGAGGCCGAGGAGAACCAAGGAACAAUGCAUCAGGCGCAGCAGACAACGCUCGACGACCGGCGGCGGCGACGGGUGGCGGACACGUUGGACCGGCGACGGCGGCCGAUGCGCAACGACGGCAGCUCGACGCGCUGAUGAAGCAUCCAGAGCGCGAGAUUGUGCUCCCUGCUGCGCCAAGCAAGCAUCGCGCGCCUCGAGGCCCCAAGGACUUGAUCCACCAUGUCGCUGGUUCGACCGCUGGCGCUGGCAGUGGCGAGUUUCACGUAUACCGCAAUGCAAAGCGGAGGGAGGAGGCACGCUUGCGAGCACUGGACGAGAUGAGCGAGGCUGAACGUGCCGACUACGAAUUCCACGCACGAGCACAGCAGUUCAAAGAGGAAGAGGCCGCGGCGUUGGCCAAGAAGCGAUCCAAGCGCCAACGAAAAAAGCAGCUGCAACAGCUCCGCAACAAGAAAGCACGGCAAGAAGGUGGUCAAAAGACUGGCGGUGAACGUGCCACCAACGAGGAUGACGACGAUGACGACGAGGACGAUAGUGAAGAAGAAGAGGAGGGAGAAGGUGGUCCAGCAGAGCCCGAAGCUGCCGCUGCCUCGAUUCUCAAGCCAUCCACUUCAGAUUGAAAUAACACAUGGAGCACACCAUGUUUUCUUUUCCAAUACAGCAAAAGUUCAUGCUUUUGAUUCCAAUACAGAAACAGACAACACGAGCUGCACUUUUCCCCCCCUAAACAACAACAACAACAGCAAAGCUAACAAAAUUCACGCAUCAAUCGCCCAAAAAUACAAAUGCCUUCCUAGU